UCAUAAGAUCCACCCUCUGCCAGCAACCGCAGGUGCCACCAUUAGUACCACCUCGAUAAUCACAACUCUGCUCCCAAGACUAUUAGCACGCGGCUUGGAUACUGAACGUUGACCGUCAGAAACCAUUCACCUCGCCUCUCGCAGCAUCUACACUCUCCUGACGACGGUCAUCAUACUCUAUUGCUUGGUGACCCGAAGCAUUGCGUCACCAUGCGGCCACCACGCUUGAUCGUGAUUGUGUUUUGCCUACUAUUUUUCCCGAUCCUACUCACUUUUUUCUCAGCACUAACCUCUUCUUCUCGCGUCUCGACUCCCAGUUCGCUUGCUGGUCAAGCGACGGGCCUACAUGCCCUUUUCUCCUUCAAUCUACCUUCGUCGCUUUUCCCACCCUCCGCAAUUAUCAGCUUGACCGAUGACAACUCGACCUUCUUUCUGGCCAGACCCGCAGCGUUUGGCCCGUUGCUCCCAGACAAGGGACUCAGCGGUCAACUUUGGAUUGGAAGUGGAUUUGGAGAACGCACGACGGCAGGAGCGGAAGGUGAACUAGGCUGUUCAGAUAUCCCGGGUUGGGGCGAGGACGAAACUCACAAGCCAGGGACAGCCGAUGGUGUCGCGGGAAGACCACGGGCAGGGACCGUGAGCAAGCGCACAAAAAGUCAGAUAGACGCUCAUUCAGACAGCGAUUCUUCUCGUCUUCCGAAGAAGAUAAAGAUCGGCCCAGCGACUGACGACGGAACCGAUGAUCAUCUGCACCACCCCCUUCCGGAAUCCACAGGGACGGAUGUCACUGAGGCGCAGAAAUCUGGAGACCACUCCCUGAAUUUACCUGCAGCCCACGCAGACAUUCAAUCCUUGCAGGAAAGUGCCGAGAUCGAUGGCAAAGUGGUCCUGUUGAGUCGAGGUGGCUGUGGCUUCCUUGAGAAGGUCAAAUGGGUGCAACGGCGAGGAGGUAUUGCUCUGAUUGUUGGCGACGAUACUCGGGGAGGAAGUCUGGUUACUAUGUAUGCACGGGGCGACACGUCGAACGUGACGAUCCCUGCCCUGUUUACCUCUCACACUACCGCCCAUCUGCUUUCCUCAUUGGUCCCACCUCAGAUGGUAGAAUAUGCGGAGGUGGAUGAUGCUUCACCUACCCAAACUAGCCAGUCGGGCCAUCGCGCUUCGGGCAAACAACACACAGUCACGACUACGGUGGCGGCUGCCUCAACUACACCCACUAAGCACACGACGGCUGAGGAUGUUGUGGCUCCCGCCAGACCGAAAAGCGGCCUCCUGCAUACCAUCCUGUCGCUUCUGGGAUUUGGCAGCAGCGGAAGACGUCCCUGGUUCUCUCCGGAAGAUAGCCGCCGCCCACCCAAUAGUGGGAACAUCAACUGGAUUUUGCUAGACCCCUGGGAUGACCAUAAGCCGUCUCAGAACAUAGCAGAUACCGGUCGCUCUUCAGUAAAAGUAGAUGCGGCUAUUGCAAACCACAAGAAACAUGGAUCGGGGCCAAGUGGCACGGAUGCAGAUGGGUUCGUGAUCGGAGUCCAGGACUGGCGAGAUCCAGACCUCGUCGCCCCGAAGGGCAGUAUUCUUCCGACGCCGACUGCUGUCGCGGUUGCAGAUGGAAAUAACGCCCACGGCAGUGACAAAGGGUCUCACUCCACCGCUACCGCAUUGAAAGGCGGCAGCAUCACCCCGGGGAGCGGCGAGUACCACACCGUUGACAAGAAUACCGCCUCACAGAAAGGGCGCACAAGUAGCUCGCAAUCUCAAAACUCUUAUCAAGGUGAUAGUGAUGAUGAGGAGUCUUUAUCUGGUAACGGCUGGCUUUCCAAACUCUGGCCAAGCCGACAGGAGUCCGAGUCCAGCACGGGUCCCAGCAGCAAAGACUCAGUUUCUGCAGAAGAUGAGCGCCACAAGCCUUCCGCACCUAGUCGAUCGGGCGCGACGACAGCCGAUCACGAGGGCUUAUGGGUCACUUUGACACCUACGAGCAUGUCUACCAGUCCUUUCUUUGAUACCCUCCUUGUCCUCGUUGUCAGUCCGCUCCUUACAUUGACUGUGGUGUACAUUCUACUGUUGCUCCGAUCGCGCAUCCGCCGCCGACGAUGGCGCGCGCCGAAAUCUCUGGUGGAUCGUCUUCCCGUGCGAACAUAUCAUACGAUUACCACCUCAUCUUCUACCUCCAGCUCACCGCGCUCUAUUAGCCCUGGGCCGGUCUCGCCUACAUCGCCCUUGCUGGGUUCCAGAAGUCGCUCGGACGCCAAGAGCGCACCCCCAAUGUCGUUGACUCGAAAAGAGAAGUCUGGUUCGACUCUCUGGCGACGCAAGUACACAGGACGACAGGUCGAAUGUGUGGUUUGCCUCGAAGAGUAUGUCGAUGGAGAAAGCCGAGUGAUGAGCCUGCCUUGUGGGCACGAGUUUCACGCAGAGUGCAUCACGCCAUGGUUGACGACACGCCGACGGACGUGUCCAAUCUGCAAAGGAGACGUGGUUCGGUCAAUGACUCAAAGCAAGGCCAGUGAUUCACGCGACAACGCCGCAGAGCAGACAGUCGAAGAAGGCCACCACUCCCGAGAUGUUGACUCUCAGCACAGCGCAUCCUCGGCUCCGGUACCAAUCACCGGAGUUAGCGAGGACGAGCUAUCAGACGUGGAGCAGCGCGCAGACACGGACGCAGGAUACCUUGAGGCACACGCUUCGUCGGCGCCACCCACUUGGCGAAAUUACGCCGCCUUGAGCUACUCUGCCCUGAGUGGAGAUACCAUCUGGCAUCAGGCUCCGACGGACGGGCGGCGAUGAAGCCGUCAUAAAACUUGUCUUCCCAGCGAAUAUUACCAUUGGAGAUUUGAGCAUGUGCUGCAUUAGCGAUCUUUUGAUAUCAGUGUCGCUUGGCGUUUGCGGGUUCAGUGGGCGUGCUGGCGCGGCUCAUGGCCAGGCACCGUGGCGCC